AUGCAUUCUUCUCAUUCCCACCACUCGCCGGAAACAUCCACCGGCUCUUCACCGGAGUUUUCCAACUCCGACACCACCCUUUUUCACUCAACCAACUUCCUCCCUUUCAACGAAAACGAUUCAGAAGAAAUGCUUCUUUUCGGCAUUCUAACAAAAGGCUUCGAAUUCGACAACACAUCUUCGGACGAAGUAACCUCAAGAGAUGUGAAAACACCCUCCAAGAUCACUUCAUUUAGAGGCGUUAGACGACGGCCAUGGGGAAAGUUUGCAGCCGAGAUAAGGGAUUCGACGAGGAACGGGGUGAGGGUAUGGUUAGGUACGUUUGAUAGUGCCGAAGCAGCCGCUUUGGCUUAUGAUCAAGCGGCUUUAUCGAUGCGAGGUUCUUCGGCCAUAUUGAAUUUUCCGGUGGAGAGGGUGAGGGAAUCUUUAAAUGAGGUUAUGGGUGGCGAACGGGCGGUUGAAUGCGGUGGUUCGCCGGCAAUGGUGGUGAAGAAGAGGCAUUCAAUGAGGAUGAGGGAUGGUGGUAAGAAGAGGAGAAGAGAUAGAGGAGAAAAGAAGGUGGAGAAUGUGGUGGUGUUUGAGGAUUUAGGGGUUGAGUAUUUGGAAGAGUUGUUGACUUCUUCUAUAGAAAACAAGAGUUAAGGUUGUAUUUUGUUUGUCUU